UCUAUAACAAUUACUUAACUGGUAUAGCAACACUGGACCUAAGUGCUGUCAAUACCAUCAUGUUUCAAGCUUAGUAUAAUUAUAGUAUCAGCAAUGCCUGCAAGUCUAUAGCUAUAGCCUAUAGAUCUAUUCCAUUAUUGAGUUGUUACAGUGGAUACUGAGAUCUAUAUAAUUAUAGUAUCACUAAUGUUGACUGACAAAGAUCGCAGAGCUAGAUCUAUCAAACUAUAGCUAUAAUUAUACAAUUUAACUAUUUGAUACUCGCUGUCAUCUGUGUCAUAAUUAUAGAUAUAAUGGGUAUGACUGGUGACAAAGUGAACAAGAAGAAAGAGCUGUGGCGAUUGAGAAUCAACGCUGUCCUCACACAGAUUUUAACUUCAAUACUGUACUCCAUCAGCACCACAGCAUAUUUAUCAUCAUGCCACAGAUUUGUCACCAAUCCCAGGGAAGAGAACAUCAAUGGAACAAGCAUCAAUAAGGUGGAACCUGGACUGGGAAAAUCAGAGUUAUUCUACUCUUUGGUUAUCGGUUCCCUACAAUUCAGCUCCAUCAUUGGAGGAUUCUUAUCAGCCAUUCUCAUCAAAUGGGUCCCAUAUUGGUAUCAGUUCAUAUUUUUCCUUUGCACUCAUAUUCUUGGCUUCGUGCUGUAUGGUACUGCUACACAAGGAUGGGUACUCUUGCCAGCGAUGCUUCUGGUAGGGUUUUUUCUGGGUGCUGAAGUUACUUUGGGUUUUAACUACGCCACUAAUAUGAGUGUUAUGUAUGUGGAGCUACUAAAAGACAGCGGAGAAACCUUUGAUUGUGACAAGACUAAAGCUGUCGAAGUUCGCAAUCUUCUCUAUGCCCUUCAUACAGUUGGGUACAGUACUGGAUUCGUAAUUGGCACAGUUGUGGGUGUUAUCUUUUCUCAUCUUCCUAUUGAGCAGUAUCAAUCAAUUGCCUGGUUCAACAUAGCGUGCGGAAUUGCUCUAGUUAUCUUAUUUAUAUUUCUUUUUCGUGGUGAAUCGAGUUGGAAAGGUGUCAGCCACUGUUCUAGCAGCCACCAAUGCACUAAGAGCAAAUCAGAUAUCAAGCUCGGACUUAAGAACAAAUCAGAUAUCAAGCUCGGACUUAAGAACAAAUCAGAUAUCAAGCUCGGACUUAAGAACAAAUCAGAUAUCAAGCUCGGACUUAAGAACAAAUCAGAUAUCAAGCGAGGACUUCUUCAAAUAUUCAUCCUUAUCAGUUUACACAUUCUUUCUUUCGUUGAAAUGAUAAAGUGGGCCUAUGUGAACACUCUGUUGAAUCCAGUUCUCAGUGAUUCGUUUGGUCUGUCUAUGGGCGUGUCUUCCUACUUCUACUUGGGGUUAGCUGUUCCUCGAAUUCUAGGAGCAGUUUUACUGAUAAUUAUACAGAAGAUGAAGCUGAAUACUCAAAUGAUCAUGGUUGUUGGUCUUUUAGUGUCGAUAGCUGGCUACCUGCUUGUGUCAGACUGGCAGGCCAUUCCGUAUGACCAAUGCACAGAGUACAGUCCAUUCCAUCACCCAGAACUGAUCCGAAAUGGUAGCAUCUAUGCUCACAGUAAUGGAACUCAAUUAUUCCUCCCCAACACACAUUCAUCACUUCCCAUAUCUUUCAUAACUUAUUCUGAAAUUGAUCUUCACUUCGAUGAUGGUGAAAUAUUUUCGACAAAAACUUCGAAUAGCCUAAGUCUAGUUUGUCAGAAAAGUACAAGCUGUCCUCAUAUAUGCAAUGAAAAUAGGCUGAGCGUUGGUAUCAUUUCCGACAGCCCACCGUGUCUCACACUUACUGGUGCUGACAAUUUUUUCCCUAAAACUGGCAGCAUUGAAAAUCCACUAACUUUAUCUUGCACCUUGCAACAGCAGUUACUUUGCGUUAAUAUUCACAACAGUAACCAGUAUGAGAGUACAACAGUUGCACACAUGCCAGAAAAGGAAAUUCAGAGUCUACCAGUACUUUCAGACGAAGUUAAUGAUGUAGCGAGCAAUUCGUGCAUGAACGCAUUGGAUGGACAAUGUCAUUGGAUACCGUUCUCAACUAUCACACACAAGAAAUGUGUCGACUGUCCUCCGAUUUGCAGAGGAAAGCACCGUACCCUACUAUUCACACCAUUUGUACUUGGCAUGGCAAUUUUGGUGUUAUCUAAUCCAUUUAUGUGGGUUCCCACAAUAGCGCUUGCAACCAAUCAGACACCCAAAAGCAUACAGGAAAUUGUGAUUGGCACUAUUAACUGUGUGAAUGCUAUUGGACAGAGUUUUGGACCAAUUUUAAUGGAUUUAUUGUACGAAGGAGCACAGAAGCGAACGUUCCAAUCAUCUAUUCUACUAGCGAGUAUACACUGUAUUUUCUUAGUAGAAAUUUUAGUAUUAAAUCGAAAGUUAGGACCGAAUCUAAACACAUGAGGUGCCAUAGAGUGGAUUAGCAAAUAGAAUUACAAAACUAAGGAACUCGUAAUAUUAUAUAUACAACAUGCAUGUUAUCAAUUAAGCAUAAAGCAGCGUUGCUACAUGUAUAA